GACCAUGAAGCUGACACAAGGACGCGACAACAUCCAAAUGCCAAAAGAUUCCCCACCCCAGGCGCGAACUAAGCCUGUAAAAGCUUUCACGAUACGUAUAUCGCGAUCGGCAAUUCAAACGAGUGUCCCGCGUGUCCGUGCAAUGCGUAAUGUAGGAUAUCCCCACCAGAAAGUAAAACGGAGGACUCAAACUGUCGGUGCGCUUCUCCGUCACCUGACCGCCAGUCGCGAUUUCAAAUUAUCCGGGACGAGGCGUCGCGAGCUUUAUUUAUUUUUUUUUUUCCCCCAAUCAUCUCGUCGGCGCGUUUACACGACGGUGAUAUGUGCUACCGCGGUGCGUUGCUGCUUCUCUGUUCGUUUUUAGUGCUCCACGGCCACCGGUGCGUGGAAAAUGUCACGAGCGUCACGGAGGAGAACGCGCUAGCGAAACUGGUCAAAAUGUUUUCGAAGCCUGGAGCGUUCAAACGAAUUAAUGCAAUACUGGGUGAAAAUUCCAUCGAGGAGUCUUUCGCGACCUGCCCGAAAGGCGAGGAGGGCCUCGAAUGCAGAAGAGCCGAGGCUCGUCGAUCCGUCGACUGUCCAGAAGGCGACUGCUACUGCUACAAUUGUGCCUCGGCCGGGCCCGAAUUGUGGGCCUCUUGUUGCCGCGAAAGCUUGCGAUGCUGCUCUCAUCUCGCGGCUGCCUGCAGGACCUGCGACCAUCCGACGCUGUAUCCGUUCUGCUCGAAGCACUUCAAGAAAUGCCUAGCCGAGUACAACGAGAAAAAACAGAAUUGAUUUAAGAAACGGAGAACACAAAACGAAACGAGACAAAACAAGACAACGAUACUCGUUUAACGUUCGAACCGGGGCCUGCGAGAGGGAGGAUGCAGGGGAUACGUCGUAUCCUGGGGCCCAGGAAGCCUCUGUCGAGCAACGGAGCUGGAAAUUUCCUGAAAUCCCAGAAAAUGUUUACAUAUCAUAUUUAAAGACCAGUACAUAUUGUUCUACUACAGCCAGUGGCGGAUACUAGAUCCAUCACUGGCUGCAAUUCAUGGCAUAACAACAAAAUGGCUGACGGAGAAGGGACUCGAAAGAAACUCCGUGUCCCGUGAUAAAAAUCUUCUCGGAGGCCCUGGUUUCGACAAACGUGAGAGUAUUCCGACCCAUUGGCUACUGUUAUCUUUUUCUUUUUUUUACGUGUAAUAAACAUCGAGACACUCGUGGUAAAUGGGAACGAUUAACUUCAAAUACCCUAACCGAAUUGGUACGGCAUCUUGCAUAAGCUGAAAGUUUUACGUCGAGUUUCUAAAUAUAGCGUUUAUCAUUCGACUCGUUAAACUGGUCCCCCGUGUAAUUUUUUUGCCACGGACGUUUCGCCGGCCAGGAACUAAGAUGUCGCGAGAUAGAGUGUGCCUGACUCGCGAAAAUCUUUACCAGAAACGUUCAUUCCGCUUUUGUCACGAAAUAUUUUAAUCUAAUGCCGUGAAAAGCUACAAAACAUUUUUCCAGGAUAUCUGACGGGUAAUUCCGGAUAACCGAGAUCGUAGGUACCUCGUGAGAGAUACGAGAACAUCGAGCAUAUAACCUAACCCAAACUUGGCGUGCUCCGCCAUAUUCGAGAUCAAGCCUGAACGCCACCUACCUCGUUAAGUUAAGGGUUAGAAAUAAACUCACGAGCGUACACGAUCGUUUUGGAUCAGAAUUACCUGCCAAACGUUAUGGAAAAGUAUUUACCUCCCCGUUCAUACCCUAUAGUUAGUUACAAAGAUACGUAAUAAUAAAAAAAUAACAAAAGAAAACCAGAGAUUUUGUAAUCACGAAUUUUUUAGCGUUCUCAGGUAAAGUUACAAAAUCAGUAGAAAAUUAACGAUACCUUCCAAAAGGUUAAACGCAUAUACCUUACAAUCUUCGGUACACCUAAACCCCGAAUAACUUCUAAGCGUGACGUAGCCGGCAACAGGUAGCUUCGAAUACACGCUUCCGAUUUAAUAAUUUACAAAGGUCAUCGAUCCUACAAACGGUUUCGCGCAGCUGUUCAUUGUUUGGACGCUGUGACGUCACGGCAUGCCGCCAACAACGUUCUAGAAUUACAAAAUAAUAAACAUCACUCGAUAUACAAUCAUUGAUAAGCUUUAUUCGUGUAGUCUCCAGAGUAUUCGGUAAUCUGUACUUUAUUUUUUUUGUUAUUUUUUCUCUUUUCAUUUUUUUUUAUAACUACUAAUCCUAUAAAUUGUGGGGGGGCAGAGAGAUUCUCGUCAGGUAGUCAGACUUAAGAUAACAGUACGAAUUUUUGGACGUAAAAUUUCCACGGUGCGUGUAGACUUGUUUUCCAAACAAUAUUGUGUUUCGCGGCAAUCCGAGUAUUCUCGUUUUUUUUUUUUUUCAAUCUUCUUUUCUCUUUACCCAUAUUCGUGCAGAGCGUUCUCUUUCUGUGACCCCACGAAAUAUCGGAUCACGUGUUUUUCGUUACACAGCUUUCCUUCGAGUACCUUAAGAAUACUAUUCCGCCGUGUUUGAAAUUCCGUUUGUUUUUUUCAACCGCCAGAUCUAAACUUCGAUUUUCACUUUUCGUUCGAGUGGUUUCUUUUUCCCUUUUUUCUUUUUCUCAUUCCUCGCACUACCGCCCUGCGUCAAAUUUUCCCAAGUUCGAGAGUCUUUUUCUCUCUCUUCUCGUUACAGCGAAAAAGACGUGUCUCUUAUCGUUUCACUUUUAGAAUAUAAAAUUACGUUCGCACUCGACAGUGCUCAGCUCUUAAACAGCACCACGCAGAGGUGAAAGACAAGACUAGAAAGGAAGAUAGGAAGAAACGUAUUACAGGUUGUGUUUUUUUGCUUUUGUUUGUUUCCGUUUGUCCGUGAGAGAAAAUGCAAUUGAACGUAUUGCGUAAGAUCGUCCGAGCUCGGAAACAGAAUCGACAACUGACUACGAUUUGUGAACGGAUUACCCGGAACCUUACGCGAACAUGUAUUCGGCAGUCGUGAGAGUGAUGCACCGCGCACGUCUUCACUUCGUUGAACGAUGUUUCGUCACGAGGAAAGGGAGAUAUAUCGGCAAAAGAAACGCAAACAUUACGUAUCGGGGAUGAUCGUGUAGCUGAAAUAAUCGGUAACCGCCAGGGAUGAGCACAUUCGAAUGAUUUUGUAAUCCAAAUAUAACAUAUCUAAAAUACUGAAUAUAUGUAUUUAGAAAAAACGACAACCUCACAUAUUCUAUUUUAUACUCGAACUGUUGUAUAUUAACACUAGAUUUACGUGUUUCAAAUUCCAUACAUAAAGUUACAGAACCCAUAAAUGUAAUGUAUCCUAAUUAAAAAGAAACUGCAUUCAAAUGUAAUCGCCAAGAUGGCGCGUAAAUCUAGUAUUAAAUACCGCUACAACUUGUAUUCGACAAAUCGUAUCUGUGUGGUGUUUGCUCUUCAAAGUGUUUACAAAGAAAUAAAGAAACUUUUAAGAAAUUUACAAAUUUACAAAUUCAAUUAUUUAUUUGUUUACAAAUACACGAGUACCUUGCCAAUAUUUUAUGUCAUUCAUAAAUUUAUCAUUGUUAUACAUAUUUAUGAACCUUUUAUAAAUAAAGAAAUAAUUU